GGAGAGGACGCCUAGAGCAAAGCGCCAGGAGAGGUCCAGACCAUCCUGAACAUGGAAAAAUCCUGCAAAGAAAAUGAAGAACAGCCACAGAGCGCACCCAAGACGGAUGAGGAGCAGCCUCCUGAAAAGCAGUCUCCGGAGCACUCUCCCGAAAAGCAGUCUCCGGAGGAACCAUCUUCCGAGGAGCAGUCCUCGGAGGAGGAGUUCUUUCCCGAGGAGCUCCUUCCCGAGCUCCUUCCCGAGAUGCUGGUGUCCGAGGAGCGCCCUCCUCAGGAGCGCCUUUCUAGAAGGGACCUUUUUGAAGAGCGCCCUCCCAUGGAGCAGCCUCCUUGUGGAGUGGGAAAACAUAAGCUAGAAGAAGGAAGCUUUAAAGAGAGGCUGGCUCGCUCUCGCCCGCAAUUUAGAGGGGACAUACAUGGCAGAAAUUUAAGCAAUGAGGAGAUGAUAAAGGUAGCAGAGGAGAUGGAAGAAAUGAAAAGAGUACGCAACAAAUUGAUGGUUAUGCAUUGGAAGGCGAGACGGAACCGUCCUUAUCCUAUUUAAUGUGUUCGGCCUUUAAUUCUGUUUUGCCUGAUAUAAGUAUGGCCACCUGAAGGUUGUAUUUUCUCAUAUACCUUUCCCCAUCUCAAUUAUAACUUUUCGCGUGGCUUUAAUCUAGGUGUUUCAUUUGUAACUGGCAUAAAAUUGGGUUUUCCCCGCCCGCAAGCUGCAAGUUUCCCUUUUUCAAUCAUGAGUCUCACCCAUUUGCAUGAAAAGAUGUACAUUAUAUAUUGUGAAGUGAAAAAAAUUUUC